UAGCGCCGCCGCUUAGCGCCGCCGCCCCCGCCGAGCCCCAGGGAACGCCGGCCUCGCCAUGGGCCGGGAGUCGCGGCACUACCGGAAGCGCUCGACGUCCCGGGGCCGUUCGGGCGGGCGGUCGGGCAGCCGCUCCCGCAGCCGCUCCCCGGCCGACAAGCGGCCCAAGCGCGACGAGCGGCGCUCCCGCAGCCGGGACCGCGACCGGGACCGCGACCGGGACCGAGACCGAGACCGCGACCGCGACCGGGACCGGGACCGGGACCGGGACCGAGAGCGGCGCAGGGACAGGUCGCGCAGCAGGGACAAGAGGAGGUCGCGAUCCCGCGACAGGAAGCGCCCCAGGCGUUCCAGAAGUAGAGAGCGGGAGAGAAGCAGAGAUCGGAGACGGUCACGGAGUCGAGAGAGGAGGCGAUCGAGAAGCAGAAGUCGAGGGAGACGGUCGCGGUCCGCCAGUCCCAGCAAAAACAAGAAAACCGAAACGAGAUCAAGAUCUAAAGAGAAAACAGAUGGUGUGGAUGCUUCGAAAGAGAAGAAGAAGGAGAAGGAGGACAAGGAGGAAGAAAAAGAAAAAGAUGUUAGCAAUUUUGACCAGAAUAAACUGGAAGAAGAAAUGAGGAAGCGCAAAGAGAGAGUGGAGAAGUGGAGGGAAGAGCAGAGGAAAAAGGCUAUGGAAAAUAUAGGCGAACUGAAAAAGGAAAUUGAAGAGAUGAAGCAGGGCAAAAAAUGGAGCUUAGAAGAUGACGAUGAUGACGAAGAGGAACCUGCCGAAGGGGAGAAGGAUGGAAAUGAGGUUGAAGACGAAGAGUUAGAUCCACUAGAUGCUUACAUGGAAGAAGUGAAAGAGGAGGUCAAGAAAUUCAACAUGAGGAGUGUCAAAGGGGGAGGUGGCAGUGAAAAGAAGUCAGGACCCACGGUGACUAAGGUCGUCACUGUGGUGACCACCAAAAAGGCCACAGUGGAGUCGGAAAAAAAGAAAGGCGAGCUCAUGGAGAACGACCAGGAUGCCAUGGAGUAUUCAUCAGAAGAAGAGGAAGUUGAUCUUCAGACGGCUCUAACGGGCUACCAGACCAAACAGAGAAAGCUGCUGGAACCCGUGGACCACGGGAAAAUCGAAUACGAACCCUACCGAAAGAACUUCUACGUUGAAGUUCCGGAGCUGGCCAAAAUGUCCCUCGAAGAGGUGAACAUAAUGCGCCUGGAAAUGGAGGGUAUUACGGUCAAAGGGAAAGGCUGCCCAAAGCCACUCAAAAGCUGGGUCCAAUGCGGAAUUUCCAUGAAGAUAUUAAAUUCCCUGAGAAAACACGGCUACGAAAAGCCGACUCCCAUCCAGACCCAGGCUAUUCCGGCCAUCAUGUCGGGCCGAGACCUGAUUGGCAUCGCCAAGACGGGAAGUGGGAAGACCAUCGCGUUUCUGCUGCCCAUGUUUAGACACAUCAUGGAUCAGAGGUCAUUAGAAGAAGGAGAAGGCCCAAUAGCUGUCAUCAUGACUCCAACGCGAGAGUUGGCUUUGCAGAUCACUAAGGAGUGUAAGAAGUUCUCGAAGGCCCUGGGCUUGCGAGUUGUAUGUGUGUAUGGAGGAACAGGAAUCAGCGAGCAGAUUGCUGAACUGAAAAGAGGAGCGGAAAUUAUUGUUUGCACCCCGGGACGGAUGAUCGACAUGCUAGCGGCUAACAGCGGCCGGGUGACAAACCUUCGCAGGGUGACGUACGUUGUCCUGGAUGAAGCAGACAGGAUGUUUGACAUGGGUUUUGAGCCACAGGUCAUGCGCAUCGUGGACAACGUCCGGCCCGAUCGCCAGACCGUCAUGUUUUCGGCCACGUUCCCCAGGGCCAUGGAGGCUCUGGCUCGCCGCAUCCUGAACAAGCCCGUGGAGGUGCAGGUCGGCGGGAGGAGCGUGGUUUGCUCCGAUGUUGAGCAGCAGGUGAUUGUGAUAGAAGAAGAGAACAAAUUCUUGAAGUUGCUUGAACUGCUGGGCCACUACCAGGAGUCGGGAUCGGUCAUCAUCUUUGUAGAUAAGCAGGAACAUGCCGACGGGCUGCUGAAAGACUUGAUGAGAGCCUCUUAUCCCUGCAUGUCCCUACAUGGAGGCAUCGACCAGUACGACCGGGAUAGCAUAAUCAACGACUUCAAGAGCGGGACGUGCAAACUUCUGGUGGCCACCUCUGUGGCCGCCCGCGGGCUGGAUGUGAAGCACCUCAUCCUGGUGGUCAAUUACAGCUGCCCCAAUCACUACGAGGACUACGUGCACCGCGCAGGCCGCACCGGGAGAGCGGGCAACAAAGGCCACGCUUUCACUUUCAUCACCGAGGACCAAGCGCGAUACGCUGGGGACAUAAUAAAAGCUCUGGAAUUGUCCGGGACUGCCGUGCCGGCCGACCUGGAGAAACUGUGGAGUGACUUCAAAGACCAGCAGAAAGCCGAGGGUAAGACCAUUAAGAAGAGUAGUGGAUUUUCUGGAAAAGGGUUCAAAUUUGAUGAAACAGAGCAGGCCCUAGCCAAUGAGAGGAAGAAGUUGCAGAAAGCGGCGUUGGGUCUGCAGGAUUCCGACGAUGAAGACACCGCUGUCGACAUUGACGAGCAGAUCGAGAGCAUGUUCAACUCCAAGAAGAGGGUGAAGGACAUGGCAGCUCCGGGAACAUCAAGCGUUCCCGUCCCCACCGCUGGGAACGCGGAAAAGCUGGAAAUUGCCAAGAGGCUGGCUCUCCGUAUCAAUGCCCAGAAGAAUUUGGGGGCUGAGGCUCAGGUAGACGUGAUGCAGCAGGCCACAAAUGCCAUUUUACGAGGGGGCACCAUUCUGGCACCCACUGUAUCUGCAAAAACCAUCGCAGAGCAACUUGCGGAGAAGAUCAACGCCAAGCUCAAUUAUGUGCCUAUAGACAAGCAAGAGGAAGAGAAGCAGGACGGCGGACAGAACGAAUCAUUCAAGAGAUACGAAGAAGAAUUAGAGAUCAAUGACUUCCCACAGACUGCGAGGUGGAAAGUUACGUCCAAGGAGGCUCUGCAGAGAAUCAGUGAAUAUUCAGAAGCUGCUAUUACAAUCAGAGGGACAUAUUUUCCUCCUGGCAAAGAGCCCAAGGAAGGAGAACGAAAAAUUUACCUGGCAAUUGAAAGUGCCAAUGAACUGGCAGUGCAGAAAGCUAAGGCAGAAAUAACCAGGCUUAUAAAAGAAGAACUGAUCCGGCUGCAAAAUUCAUACCAACCAACCAACAAAGGAAGAUACAAAGUUUUGUGAACACCUGGAAAUACCUGAUUCCCAGUUGCUGAUAUGUGAAACCUUGUGGCUUCUAUUGUCUUUGCAGUUUACACUCUUGUAAAUUAAGAUUUUUUUUUAUUUUGUCGCUGUUUUUUUUAUACAGGAAACAGUAUUUGCUAAAGAAAUCUUCAUUCAGUCCCUUAGACUUAGCAGUUUUAAAGCCAAUCAUUUUGCAGACUGAUUUCAUCUACAGUAAAAUUUAUAUUCUUUCGACUCUAAAAAUGUUGAAUAAACAGAUUUUAAUUCUUCUGGCAGAUUCCACUAUAAGUUACAACUCUGGGCUUUCCGUUCAAAUCAAUAAAGUACACUUGCAUCUUUGAUUUAUCAACAAGGACAUUUUGAUUAUCUCCUAGCAAAAAAGAUACAAUUCCCUUGUCUGGUUUCCCCUAUUUUCAGGGUAAAUCUCAUGGAAAUAAAUGGAGCAUCCAAGAGGACUGGAGAUGAGAAUUUUAUCCUAGAACAAGUAGGAUUUGGAUUCAAAAUCCUUCUUUUAACCUUUUAUCAUAGCAAAUGGGUAAUAACGGAACAACUUGGUGUUUUUAUAAAUCAAACAUUUUUUGUAGCAUAAAAAUAUAUAGGUUUUUGUUUUUCUCCCGCCCUUCCCCUUUGCUUUUCUUUACAUUUCGAGGGAUUUCAGGAUGCCAUUCCAAGGACUUAGCUUUCCCCAAGAGUAAAUCUGUAGCAAUCCUUUUGUGGUUUGUUUGUUUGCUUUUUUCUUUUCUUCUGAUUUCCCCAGACAAGCUAUCUCUCAGCUUGGGCUGGUGGGGAGCAAACCCUACUUGUUUCUUUGGGACAGUCCUGGCACUUUUUGACACCGCUGCUUAUAUUUGCUCUCCCAGGAGUGGGAACCUCCGGUCCCUUCUCAGCUUGUGGCAUUUUUCCCUUUGAAGAUUUAUCUGGAUUGCCCACUGGGUAUCUAGAAAUGGGAGAGUUAACAGGAGAAUGCCACUUUUACGGAACAUUUUACUUUGCUCAUGUAAAAUCCUUUUUGAGGGCUUUGUUGCCUUGACUUCCUUGCCUUCAGAACAAUUUUAAAGAUAAAAAACACCUCACAGCUCUUGAGUUUUUAACUGGUAAGCAUUUCUAGCUUACUAGCAUUUCUAGUGUUGAAGGGGUUUUUUAUUUUUAGGGUUUUUUUGUGGGGGUGGAGGGUUAAUUUGAAAAGUGAAAAAGAAUCCUGGAAAUAAAUUGGUUUUCCAUCACACAUAUGCUUUCCUGGGUGGAGCCAGAAGAGGCACAUGCAAAAUGCAAGACAUCUGUGACUAACCCAACUGAAAAUGAGGCCAUUUCAAACUUUGAUGUCUUAAGACUUCCUUUCCCAGUUAUUUAUUUGCUUAUCUUCUUCCACCUGUGUGAGUUUGGGUUCUCUUUUGACAGCUGAGACAUUGCCACACAGGGCAUUGGGAGAAUUGAGGCUUUCAGCCAGGAUGGGUUACUUUUGGAGGGUUCAGACAUUUCUAUCAUGUUUAUGGCAUUUCCUGUCUUCAGACUUUGGG